AUGGAGCAAAGUAAUAUAACGUACCAAUUCUUAAAAGAAAUUACGGAUGGCUUUUCCAAGGAGCGAAAACUUGGUGAAGGCGCAUAUGGAAAGGUUUACAGGGUAAGAUUAAGGCAUACAUUACUUGAAGAGAUUGCUACCAAGGUGCUUCAUUUCAGGCUAGGACAAGAUGACGAGCAAUUUCGGAAUGAGUUUGAUAACCUUAUGUGGCUCAAACAUGACAACAUUGUCCGGUUGGUUGGCUACUGCUAUGAAACGCAACAUAGACAUAUGCAGUACGAAGGAAGAACUGUUUUUGCUGAAGAGACAUACAGAGCGCUCUGCUUCGAGUAUAUGCACAACGGGAGCCUUCAAAAUCACCUUUCCGAGGAAUGUGCUGGACUUGAUUGGUACACACGUUACAAAAUCAUUAAGGGCAUUUGUGAAGAUUUCGGUUUGUCCAAGCUCUUCAGCGGAGAAGAAACCAGGAUCGCACAAAGUCCUAUUGGAACAUUUGGAUACUUGCCAUUGGAAUACUUACUGGGAAAUAUAGUCUCAAAGAAGUUAGACAUAUAUAGUAUGGGUGUUGUAAUGAUAAAAAUAAUUGCAGACACGCACGGAGCAUGGUGGCAAGACACCAGGUUGGAGUCUGAGCCGACGGAGGUUUGA